AUGGAGGACAACAUCCCAUGCAUCCAGUACCUGCAGGAGGCGAGGACCCAUCAGCGGAUGAAACACUUGGAUGUCAAGUACGCGUUCAUCAGAGAGAUCAUAAGGAGCGAUAAAGGAAAACGGAUGGUCGUGAUGAAAAAAGAGGAUUACAACAACAAAAUGCUAAAACUACUGGAUGAUCCCACUUAUGAGGUUUUGAAAAAAGACCCAACCAGCAAAAUAACCAAACAAACAAACGACAUUAUCAACAGGCUAUACAAACUGAAACUCAUAGACAAGAAAACCGCAACGACACUGGAAGCAAAAAACUCAAUUCGCCCAUGCAUCUACGGUCAACCCAAGGCCCAUAAACCCGACCUACCGUUACGCCCAGUUGUCCCCAACAUAACAGCCCCAACAUACAAACUAGCGAAAUAUGUAUGCCAAAUAUUACAGUCAUCUUUCAACAGCCAGUACAACAUCAAAGACUCAUUCCAGCUAAUAAGAGUACUUCAACAGGUCAAAUUACCGCCCGAUUACAUACUCGUAUCCUUCGACGUAGUGUCACUGUUUACAAACACUCCAAAGCGAUUAAUAAUUCAUGAUAUCAUUAUGAAUUGGGACACGAUCGGGAAAGCAACAAACAUAAACCUGGAUAUUUUUAUCGAAAUGAUAGAGCUCUGCUUGGAGAGCUGCUAUUUCAUUUUUGGUCAAAAAUUCUACCGGCAAAAAGAAGGCACAGCGAUGGGUAGCCCUACUUCACCAAUCUUAUGCGAUUUGGUGAUGGAAGGCCUUCUGCGAAAUUGCACCAAAAAACUCGAUUUCCCAGUACCCCUGCUGAUCAAAUAUGUUGAUGACUUAUUACUAGCUUUGCCCAACAACCAACUAACCCACGUACUCCAGACGUUCAACUCCUAUCAUCCAAAAAUGCAAUUUACGAUGGAAACAGCCAAAAACAACAGUAUCGCUUUUCUAGAUACUUUCAUCACCAUUAAUGAAGACAGGACGUUGAGCACUGAAUGGUACAGCAAAGACAUUUCAUCAGGCCGCCUAUUGAACUACCACUCAUUUCACCCGAUUAGCGUCAAACUAAACGUAGCCCGAAACUUCGUCAAACGAGUGAUAAAGUUCGAUUCAAGAAACCAAAAAUCAAAACAGCAUACAACCAUCCAUAGAAUCCUGCGCCAGAACAACUAUCCAAAACAACUCAUCAACCGCAUAAUAAACCGGGAAAAUCAUAUCCAUCAACACGAACAGUCAACAACUCCAAACAUCACCAUCGCACAACAUCCAACCGACCAGCAUCCCACUGAACAGCAUCCAAUCGAACAGCAUCCAACCCAACAGCAACCAGCCAUCAUACCACCCACCCAACAACAGCAUAAACCAAACAACGAAGAUCACCAAUCAACUGCCCAAACAGCAACAGAAUCCAGCAUCAAUCCUCCGCAAAUCCGAUAUUUUCCGCUCACUUUCAUCCCGAACCUAUCAAGCCACAUCACCAAAAUCCUGAAAACCGAUUACGCUGAAAUUCACAUCGCUAAUUGCAUUCCAAAGCCGCUUGGAAUGUUAUUGCCACGAGCCAAAGACCCGAUUGCUUCAUCUGAAACACCAAACAUCAUCUAUUCCAUCCCGUGUAGCAGCUGCCCAAAACAGUACAUCGGUAUGAGUCGUAACAACUUGAAAACAAGACUCGUUGGACACAAGUCAAGAAGUAUGAACAGCUAUCUACACGGGAUUUCACACAAACGAACACCGAGAAAGCGAGCAUGA